AGACAGCAGCAUAAGAAGAGACGAAAUUGAUGUCCUCGCACGGAUUCGAAAUGGCUUUUUUCCAGUUCUUACAAGCUCGUUGAAGCCAGAUGAUGUAUUGUCCAUACUAUUGAAUGACCCAACCAAGUUUCUGCAACGAAAAUGCCCAUUCUUGAUGAUAUUGUGGCUGGUGCUAAAGACAAAAGCAAACAGCAACUUCAGGAAGCUUUGCUGGAACUGUUGAAAGGGAAUCCAGACAUUUUGGAUCCUGUCACGAAAUCUACAACUAGGACACACAGUGAAGUUGCAACAAGAAGUGGAGAUGAGGAAGAGAGACGUUCGCAGAGAAGCCCGUCAUCAGAUAAUUCCUACCCUGAACUUGAGAAUAGCCUCAAUCAGCAGUCAAGAGCAAGUUACCAGUGGCAGUUGUCUGACAGUGAUGAUGGAAUAGACUCUGCAUGGACAACAGCCACAAAAAACAUGUCACCUCGUGAACUUGCCAGAUGGCGCAGAAAACUGUUCUCCAUUUACGUUGGACAUUUACCUCAUGAUAUUACCAAGAAAGAACUUGUGCAGCUGUUUUGUGAAGUUGGGAAUGUACAAGAUUGUCAUUUACAACCUCGAGAUGGAAGAGGAAGUGGCUAUACUUAUGGUUUUAUUAGAUUUUGCACACUUGACGAAUGCCGUGAUGCCGUUGCGAUGCUCCAUGGUCGUCUCCUUGGCAACAGGACCAUAACAGUGGAGUAUGCCUGCGAAACCAAAGACAGAUUAGGCACUGAAGAUCCAGAUGAUUUACCUGUGGACAAGAAAGACAGGCUUUUAAGAAAUGACAACCCAAAGGUUGAACAUCCUAGCGCCAUGUCUGAAACUGAAUCUCACGAAAAAAUGGUUCUGUGGAAAUUGCGCUGUUCUGCCACGAGACAGAAGUCAUCUAAUAAAGGAGUUAUAAUAAAUGGACAAGAAGCCAAUAAAGAAGAGGUUCUGAUGAAUGCCCUUCAGGAAAUAGUUAAGAAAGUAGCUAGUCUGCCUGCUGACACUUUUGCCACGCCCUCUGCAUCAGAAGCUUCUCCAUGUUCACCUUGGAUUCUAAAUGAGAUAAAUGGCAGUAAAAAUGGUGUAGCUGUACAACAGUCACACAUCCCAGGGAGCCCUGACAUGCAUAUGAAGGAGGAGGCAGUGAAAUGCAAUGGGACGCAGGAAUGUAACAUGCCACAAGAGAUGAAUAUCAAGCAUACUCUUGAUAAGGAAUCAACAAACAUUCAGGAAGAAGGCACUAGACGUCCACAAACAUUACCAAUGAUCAGGGAAAGGCAGGCACAGUCUCCAGAGGAAAAUGUAACCAAUUCAUUCUCAACUCCAGACAGCCAAAAUAUCAGGAACAGCCCAUUUCAAGCUCGUCUAUUACCAAACAGCCCUGGAGUAACAUCUUCCCCUGGACGUUAUGUGUCUGCAAACAACAAUAGAGUGACACCCUCAAGUAGAAGGGAUUUCUCUCCAAGCAGUCAUGGUGUGAACCCUUCCCCAGGAGGUAGUGUAUCCCCAGGUAGCCUUGAUGUUUCAACCUCUCCAGGAAGGCAUGUGUCUCCCAUUAGUCCUGAUGUGACACCCUCCCCAGGAAAGCAUGUAUCUCCAACCAGCCCUGAUGUGACAGCCUCUUCAGGAAGAAAUUUUUCUCCAAGUAGCCCUGACAUCACACCACCUUCAGGAAGGUAUUUGUCUCCAAGUAGUUCUGAAUUGACACCUUCUCCACGACAAGACGAUAGUUCAUACAGUGAGGUGGAAACUAAUGCUAGUGACUCUGUUAGUGUUGGUUCACUGUCACCUGAAAGACCACUGAGACAACAUUGUAAGUUUUGUCAUGGACAGAGCCCGACAAGAGGACAUGUUUCGGAAUCAAGCCUGUCAGAGAGCAUAAGUUCUUCGCCCUCUCAUCCUUUGAGUUCUUCUUGUGCGUUUUGCUCUGAAGAUGUAGAUUCAUGUGGUAAAGCAGGUAGUAGUGCUGCAAUGGCUGAACAAAAUCUUCAGCAUGGCAACAUGUCUUUAUUAGAAACUCCCGCGAUGAAAGAUGGGGUGUGUGGUAGACCACCGAAAGACUUGUCAGGAAUGGGACUGUGUUCCUUUGAUUCCAAUGUUCUUAAUGGCAAUGAAGUGCAGUAUCCAUCAAGAUCUGUCCAACAAAGAGAAGCAUCCCUGUCAGGCUACUUACCCCCACCGGAUCAGAUCAUCAAUCAAGCAGGUGCUGGAGGAAACGCCCUUGUGGGAGUGGAAGUACAAGACUCUAGAAGCUCGGCUACAAAUAAUACAACAGCAUUGUCUUCCAGUCAGUGGAAUUCUCCAAGGGAGCAGUCAGCCUUUGCUCAAGGUAGUGUAUCACCACUUCAGCAGCAAACACAUGUUGUGCAUGGUUCUCAUGUCACGAAGAAGGAGAAUACAGAGUUGGUACCCUCAGCUGCAAGACUGUCACCUGUUACAAGGCAUCAUCAGCAAGUACGUCCUCUUCAGAAUGAAGAGGACAACAGUAUCGCAGGUCCUGCUCUACCUGUACCACCUCCUGUUGUAUCUGUUGCACCCUCUCCAUCAAAUGCAAUAGGACCCCUUAUGCAAAAGCCGUUGAGAAGCCCUCCAGCUCCUAAGCCACUUUUAUCACCUCCAGCAAUAGGACCUGGUAUGCAACAGCCAUUAUUGGGUAACUCCCCUUACUGGCCAGGGCAGCACCAACAUGUUCCACCAUUACUGUCAAACUUGCUUGCGUCCAGGUUCCAGCAGCCUGGCUUUCCAAGGCAGCAGUUUGGUAAUGGACCAUUUGUACCCCCUGGUGUCUUCAACCCAGCCAUGUUUCAAGGAUGGGACCCAAAUGCAUUUACACAACAGCAGCUCCUGGCAUCAAGGUUACCAUUUGGCUUGCCUUUCCAACCUGUGCAAAACCCAGUUCCACGGUACCGACCUCCAGCUGGAGGGCGUGGCGUAGGUGCUGCUGGAAGGGGACGGUCUAUGGCACCAAGAUUUCACAAACCUGGCAUCGUGAAUAUUAAAACUUGUGGUGACUUGGAGAAAAUGAAUACUGGGAGGUCUUCAACUUUGCCUCCAGAGCAGACUUGGUCUGUUCACAGCUCUACAGGGAUACACAAAGACACAGUAGGGAAAAACAUAUCUACAGGCAGUGAUACAGCAACAAGUAAUGCAAGUCCUUCUCCAGUUAAUCUUUCACCUGAAAACACUGAUGUUGAAUCAAGAAGCAGAGAAGCGGCAAGAGUCAAGAACACUUCAGUUGGUAGUUGUGCGAAAAGUUGUAUGAAGCCAUCUUGGAGUGCGAGUUCAGCAAGUGAUUUAUCUCCAACGAACAUCUCUGACACGAUGCCAGACGAACCAAGAGAAGAGACUAGAUGCCAAAGCUCUCUACCCGGUCAGGGACCGGGCAAAUAUGAGUCAGUCAGUGAGGAACAUCAACUUCGUACUUUAUCUCCAACCUCCUCCCUGCCAAAACAGGAAGGUGAUUGGGAGAGUCCUGGGACCAAGAAAAUAUCACCCAGCAAAAUGAGCCCAAGUGAACUGCUUCUGAAGGAACAAAAGAGCGAGUUAAAGAGAAUUAUUCAGGACAACGAAAUGUUACGCCAAAGCAUAGAUUGGAGAAGAUCAGCAGGAGACACUGACAACAGGGGAGCUCUCAAAUCACAGAUCCACUUAAAAGAAGUGCAGCUACAGAAAGAGAAAGAAAUCGUGUUAGCAAGGAAAGCUGAACAAGAACUUUUAUACGAACGAGAAAAAUUAGAAGCGGCGUUCGAUCAGCAACUCAAGAAAGAGCUUGAGACAGAACAGCGGAUUGGAGAGACAGAGAACAAGAUUUGUCUUGCAAAACUGGAGAACGAGCUUCUAGUACUGUAUCAAAAGCUUUAUGGAAGCAACUAACUAAUAUAAAGGGGUCUUCCGUUACUGCUGACAAAGAACUUUAUCACCAACAAAUAAAGCCGUCUGUUUUCAUAGAGUGAAAUAAAUCUAUGGAGAUAUAUUUUAGUUCGCGCAAAUUUAAUGACGAUAUUAACAUUUACUUAUGUCGAGAAAGAGUUAUCACUGCUUCAUGUUAUUACGUAUUUAAUACGGGCCGUCCUGUUUCCCUGUGAUAGCAUUUUUUUCAUUAAUGUAACGUUCUGACAGGUUUUUUGUUGGUUUUUCGAUUUUCUCAGCCAAACAUGGGGUCAACAACUGCACGAGCGGUUCAUCGACUUAUCUUGCCUCGGUUAUUCCACCUCCCAGAACAACUUGGCUCCUGAUUGGUCACGUGACGCAGAAAAUCAACAAAAAGACGUCAAAAAUUGUAAAGAAAACGUUGAGCCAGAUAAAGUUGUCCCUUAAAGUUGGAGUACACUUUUCAACGAAAAUAUUACAGAAUUUAUUGUUCUUGUGGGAGUCUAACAUUUGUUUGAAGUUAAAGAUGUAAGACAAAGACAUAUCAAAGAAGUAUUUUUUGGUUAAUAAAUAUAUUUUUGGGACCAA